AUCUAAGCACACAGGUCACUCGUCUAGAUUUUUGAUUCUGUGUUGCGGCAUUUUUGAAGGGUGAAGAGAAGAGGGAUGGCAUGGAGAGGAAACAUAUCUAAGUCUCUGAAAGAGCUCAGGAUCCUUCUCUGUCAAUCUUCUCCUGCUAGUGCUUCCACCAGGACGUUCGUGGAGAAGAAUUACAAAGAAUUGAAGUCUCUAAACCCAAAGUUUCCCUUCCUGAUCCGAGAAUGUAGUGGGAUCCAGCCUCAGAUGUGGGCUAGAUAUGAUAUGGGUGUGGAGAGGUGUGUAAACUUGGAUGGGAUGAGCGAGACACAGAUUCUCAAGUCUCUUCAAGAUCUUGUCAAAGCCGGAGGAGCUGCUAAAGCCUAAGGUUUUUUUUUUUUUUUUUACCUAUCUAGAUGAUCACGAAUAAGCUAAUAACUAGAAACACUCAAUUUGACAAUUUCCUGUCAUUCUAUUACUUUGCAACUCUCUGGUGUCAUAUCGCCUCUUUGUUCUGAGUUGUUUCUUACUCCUUGAACUUAGUGGUAUUAAUGGAACCGUUCCGUGUGA